AUGUACGCCAAAGUUCUGCACCGGAAAGUUCGCAUAUGUUUUGGACGCAUUCUUCCAAUCUUGGCUCGAUGUCAGGAUGCAGCAACUGUUUAUGUAAGUGGUGUCGAUGUGAUAGAUGGAUCAGCAGUGUUGGACAUAAAACCAUACCAUCCAGUUGACUCAGUUGCAAAAACGGAGGAUUUGCGAUUUGCCAAUUGGCUGCCAGAGCCACGAGCUUCUGCUGAAGUGACCUGGAGUGGUCAAGCUCUUGAUGAACUUCUUAGCUUGCAGAAGCUAUGCCAGUUUUAUCCCGACUCUCGUGAUCAAUGCUUAGAGGAGUUGCUUCUGUUUUUGCGCACUUCAAUCGAGGAAGUGAUAGGUGGGCUUACGCCGCAAUCACGGCAGUCCAAGAAAGAGAACUCAAACUAUUGGGUCAUGGAUUUUGAUAGCUUGAGUGUGGUCUUUCGCUCUGAAGGCCGCCGACUUUUGAGGUUGUGCGAGUACAAAGCGGGGAGCGCCAAAGAUUGUCAAAGGAGUGGCUGCAGGAGCUGA